AAACAAUAUUAUAUAGGAAGAAGAAGAAGAGAAUAAUGGAAGAAGAUCCCUAUCCAAAUCACAAGCUGUGCGGUUAUCUCUGUACUGUUCUCUCUCUUCCUUCACCACAGCAACCCGGUCCCUCUCUCUCCUUUCUCUCUCCCUUCCACGUCUUCACCGAUGGUUCCGAAAUUGUAUUCAAAUCCGAACACGGCGUUGUUCUUUUUCCCUUCACUAACCAAAAGACGCAUUCUUCUUCCAGCUCAUCAUCGUUGUCAUCGCCAUUGCAGAAUGAGGUCAACGGCGAGAUUACGUCGAGAAGGAAGUUUAAAAGAGGGAUUGGAAUGGUGAAUGGUAGCUUAAGCGUGGUAAAUCAAAUUCACGCGUUGGUAGUCAAUAAAUGUAUAAAAAUUAUCGCGCGUGUUUUGAAAGUUGAAGAAGAUUAUAGUAAUAGUAAUAAUAAGGAUGCGAGAGCUGUUGUGGUACUUGUGGAUGUGUAUUUGCCUAUUGAAUUGUGGACUGGUUGGCAGUUCACUAAAUGUGGAUCCACUGCUGCAGCUCUCUUUAGGCACUUGAGUUAUGAUUGGGGGAAGAGAAGCUUAUUGCUUGUUGAUGGUGGGGAAUAUUGUAAAGAUGAUGGAGGGAGUAUGAGCAUCUGGAAUCUCUCUGAUUGUCAUGUUAUUGGAUGCCAAUUGCAUUGCAGCGUCCCUGAUUCUACCAAGAAGCGCCGUUUUGAACUUAAUGAAAUUUUUAAGGGCUUGCCUAGUGUGACAAAUAGGGAGAAGUUAUAUUCUUCGAGGGUGAAACCAGAUGAUGACACCUAUGAAUCUGGUAUUUGGGAUCUGACAGAUGAUAUUUUAAUAAAUAUUCUAUCUGUUCUUGGUCCUAUGGACCUUAUUAGAGUUGCAGCGACAUGUCAACAUUUGAGAACCUUGGCUGUAUCAGUAAUGCCAUCUAUGAAACUUAAAUUAUUUCCUCAUCAGGAGGCAGCAGUUGAAUGGAUGUUACAGCGUGAAAGGAGUACUCAUUUUUUGCCACAUCCUCUUUACAUGAGCUUUUCAACAGAAGAUGGAUUCAGAUUCUAUAUAAAUACUGUUUCUGGUGAAGUUGUUACUGAGGUAGCUCCUAGUGUGAGAGAUUUCCGUGGGGGAAUGUUCUGUGAUGAACCCGGUUUGGGAAAGACUAUAACUGCGCUUUCACUUGUUUUGAAGACACAAGGAACUAUUGCUGACCCACCAGAUGGUGUUCAAAUAACGUGGUGUGUGUAUAAUAAUGAUCAGCGAUGUGGAUAUUAUGAGCUUAGUGGUGAUGACUUCAGUGAUACACUUUUGGGGAAAAGAGCUAUGUGGCAGAGUGCUCGUAGGGGAAAAUUAUUGACUCCAGUGGAUGGUGGGAGUUAUUCUUCACCUAAAAGAGCAAGAUUGAAGGAUUCAGGUGAGCAGGUUGUUCAGUUCAAUGAGUCUUGUCCAGGUAAAGAAAUGAAAUCACUAUCGGUUCCAUGCUCAGAGCCAGUUAAACGUGUAGUGCGAUGUACAAGGAGCUUGAGUCGUAUCAAGAAAAAUCUUCUCCAUGUAUAUGAAGGAGAACUUGGCUUUGGCAGCAAAAAGAAGGUUGGAGAAAAUUCAAUCAAGAGGAAGUGUGAUUUUAAUGCCCCAACGGACGCUUCUUGGAAUCAGUCUAGAGAGGUCACUCCAGAUUCUUCAGUAUAUAAUGAAACUUGGGUUCAAUGUGAUGCCUGUCGAAAGUGGAGGAGGCUUACUGAUGUUGUACCUGAUGCUACUGUUGCAUGGUUUUGUAGCAUGAAUGCUGACCCAGCACAUAAGAGAUGCAAAGAUCCAGAAGAAGCUUGGGAUAGUUGUGAAUCUAUAACAUACCUACCAGGAUUUUUCCCCAAAGGAACAUCUGGGGGAAAGGAGCAAAAUGUUUCAUUUUUUAUCAGUGUGCUUAAGGAACACUAUUCCAUGAUAAACUCUAAAACAAAGAAGGCCUUAACUUGGCUAGCUACACUUUCUUCAGAAAAACUUUCUCAAAUGGAAACAAUUGGUUUGACAAGUCCUGUCUUAGGCACCUGUGGCGUGCAUGUGUUUAAUAAGAUAUUUCAAGCAUUUGGUCUUACAAGGAGAGUAGACAAGGGUGUGACGAGGUGGUGCUAUCCACAGACUCUUGAAAACUUGGCAUUUGAUGUGGAUGCUCUUAGAAUUGCUCUCUGCAAUCCAUUAAAUUCUGUCAGACUAUAUUUGUCAAGAGCAACUUUAAUUGUUGUUCCUGCAAAUCUGGUUGACCAUUGGAAAACACAAAUUCAAAAGCACAUCAAACCUGAUCAGUUACGCGUCUGCAUCUGGACUGAUUAUAAAAAGCCUUCUGCUCACAGUCUGGCAUGGGAUUAUGAUGUUGUUAUAACUACUUUUAAUCGUCUAAGUGCAGAAUGGCGCUCCAGUAAAAAAAGCCCUCUGAUGCAAGUGCAUUGGCUUAGAGUCAUGUUAGAUGAGGGGCACACUCUUGGUUCUAGUCUUAACUUGACAAAUAAAUUGCAAAUGGCUAUUUCAUUGACAGCUUCAAAUCGCUGGUUACUAACAGGAACCCCAACGCCUGAUACACCCAACAGUCAGCUGUCACACCUUCAGCCAAUGCUUAAGUUCCUACAUGAAGAAGUUUAUGGACAGAAUCAAAAGUCCUGGGAAGCUGGCAUUCUUAGACCAUUUGAAGCAAAGAUGGAAGAAGGUCGCUCUCGUUUGUUGCAGUUGCUACAUAGGUGCCUGAUUAGUGCUAGAAAGAGAGAUUUGAAAACUAUUCCUCCAUGUAUCAAAAAGGUGACAUUGCUCAAUUUCACUGAGGAGCAUGCUAAAAGUUAUAAUGAAUUGGUAGUUACUGUAAGGAGGAAUAUACUUAUGGCUGACUGGAAUGAUCCUUCUCAUGUUGAAAGUUUACUUAACCCAAAGCAGUGGAAGUUUCGCAGUGCUUCAAUUAGAAAUGUCAGGCUAUCUUGCUGCGUUGCGGGGCAUAUUAAAGUGACGGAUGCAGGUGAAGAUAUUCAGGAAACAAUGGAUGAUUUAGCUGAGAAGGGUCUGGAUCCAAUUUCUGAGGAGUAUGCUUUGAUUAAGUAUUAUCUACAGUACGGCGGUAACUGUCUAAGAUGCCAGGAAUGGUGCCGUCUUCCUGUUGUCACGCCAUGUAGGCAUCUUUUAUGCCUUGAUUGUGUUGGUCUAGACAGUGAGAAGUGUACUUUGCCUGGCUGUGGUUACUUAUAUGAGAUGCAAACUCCUGACAGUCUAACCCGGCCAGAAAAUCCUAACCCGAAGUGGCCUGUCCCCAAAGAUCUUAUUGAGUUACAACCUUCAUAUAAACAGGAUGAUUGGGAUCCUGAUUGGCAAUCAACAUCGAGCAGUAAAGUUUCGUACCUUGUACAAAGGAUGAAAGUGUUGCUGGAGGCUAAUAGUGAGAGCGGUCACUAUGACAAGGAAACUGAUGCCAAGAACAUCAAGGAGCACCUUUAUCCCUCUCAGAUUGGUGAGUCGAAUGCACUGUUGCAGGAUUGCUCUAGACAGAGUUCUGAAUCUUACAAGAAAGCACCAGAAAAAGUUCUGAUAUUUUCUCAGUUUCUUGAGCAUAUACAUGUGAUUGAACAGCAGUUAACAUUUGCUGGGAUCAAAUUUGCUGGACUCUAUAGUCCAAUGCACUCUAGCAACAAGAUGAAGUCUCUGGCCACAUUCCAGCAUGAUGCAACUUGUUUGGCUCUUUUAAUGGAUGGAAGUGCUGCAUUGGGUCUUGAUUUGAGCUUUGUAACACACGUAUUCUUGAUGGAGCCAAUCUGGGACAGAAGCAUGGAGGAACAAGUUAUCAGCCGCGCUCAUCGGAUGGGUGCCACUCGGCCCGUUCAAGUGGAGACUUUAGCAAUGCGUGGUACAAUCGAAGAGCAAAUGUUGGAAUUCUUACAGGACGCUGAUGAAUGUAGAAAAUUAUUGAAAGAAGAAUUCAGAAAACCUGACCAUGAAGGUGCAAGGCCUCGGCGUUCGUUGCAUGAUUUUGCUGAGCGCAAUUAUUUGGCUCGGCUUAGCUUUGUUCACAAGAAUCCUAGAGCAUAAAUUAUGCAAUUCUUGUGAUGUGAAUCUUGGCUGAUUGGUUAUCGGAGGCGAUCAAUUACAAUUUAACUUGUGGAUAGCAAUUGUUUAAGGGUAGAUGACUUAAUUAAUGGAUUACUAAUGUGUAUGGAUCAAACUUUGACAUAAAAUGCUUUGGUCUAACAUUUUGCGGGAGAAUUCAGAAUUGAAUUUUUUCCAAAAGGACUUUUUCCUAACUAAAGGUAUCAGCAGGGUAGAUUCAUCUUCAGAGCUGAGAUUGUUUGCAAGGUUAGGAAAAUUAUAGGUGUACAUUGGGGGGUGAGGAGCCUCAAGAAGUUUCUCUCAAGUUGCAAGUCCAUACCUAUUUAUGUACACAAAACGCUCAAGGCUAUUGUUUCGCAUCAAACUAAUUGUUUUUCUGUUAA